AUGUUCAAACGUCCUGUACCCCCGAGCGUCCAGUUCGGCGCUGAAAUCGACUUCGACCUACCAGAGUUUGGCUUGGCGACCAGAACCGCGGUACGUAUCGUGCUUUCAGUCGCAACAGGUAUAAGCAGUGCUAAGGGAUACCCACUCGAUUGUAAUUACGAUGGAGCUUCCACACCUGCUCCUGAUAAGAGCGGAAUACCACAGGACAAAUUCCAUUUUCUUUUCCCCGUUUACUGUGCGGAUACUAUUCUUUGUAACGAGCCUGAUGAUCCUAAUCUUCCAAACAUCUGCCAGAGGUCAGACCUCCUGGGUAAAGUGCCUCGUGACCAUGUCAUAGCCCCUGGCAAGAUCUAUACUUUCUGUUACUAUUCAAU